GGUUUUGAGUUAAGUGUGGGUUGUUUCCAUUUAGGUUGUGAGUGUAUCGUGUUUCCUCUAGUAUUUGGUAAUUAUUGUGUUAAUUUGGUUUAUGUUGAUUGUUUCUUUACUAUUUUGUUAUGUUCUGUGUUUGUUUGGAUUUUGAGUAAACGUUUUGAGUACCUUUGGAGUCAUAAAUCGUUUUCUUCUGUGUCUACUUUAGUUGUUGCUUUUUGUGUGAAUAUAUGGUGUUUUAUGGCGUUUGGUGGUUUGGCUUUAGUUGCUUCUUUUUUAUAA